AUCACAGAAGGCGUGUGUGCUCACUGAGAGUAAACCAUGCGUACAGGCCUUUGAGAAGCUGUGUAGGGGGGAAUUUUCUGUGAGCCCACGUGUUACUACUUUCUUGUCUACUGCAAGCCGCUUUCAGGUCUCAGUUCGUCAUGUUGCUGGGGCUGCUAUUCUCCCUUCAGAUUAUGCUAGUCGCCAUGCUGCACAAUGUGACAGUCCGGCAUGUCAGGUGUGUAGCUUCGUCCGUGAAUCCAUGGUCUCUGUCGUGUGCCGUACUGAUGUUGCCGACAUCUUGCGGGGAGCUCAGAAGUUGCCCUUUGCCAAUAGGGCCACAUGGGUGUCUAUUCAGGCUGAGUGUCCAGACCUCCGCAGGGUACGCGCACAUCUUCGGCAGGGUACACGCCCUUCCAAGAGAGUUACCAAUGUCAAAGAUGUGAAACGGUAUUUGAAUACUGUUACCUUAGCAAGUGAUGGGCUGUUAGUUGUGCGGCGUGACACACCACUGUCAAACACAACCGAAUGCAUCGUUGUUCCAAGGUCAGUACUGCAUGGGUUGCUUAUGUCAUUGCACAUUAGGUUAGACCACCCCUCGGCUCACCAGUUGAGACUUGUCGUUGGCCGGUACUUCUACGCGCUGGACUUGGAUUCAGCCAUCCAGCUUACCAGUAAGGGAUGUCACCAAUGUGCUGCACUGACUAAGUCUCCUGUGUUCGCAGUGGAGCAGUCCAGCUGUGAUCCACCUGAGACGGUCGGGUCUACUUUUGCAGCUGACGUGCUUAAACGUGAGCGCCAGCUCAUCUUAGUCGUUCGUGAGUGUGUGACAUCCUUUACAGCUGCUUUGUUAAUUGAUGACGAACGGAAGGAAACAUUGCGGGAUGGUAUUGUGCGCUUGUGUAUUGGCCUUCGUCCGCUUGAUGGCCCCUUUGCUGUAGUUAGAACUGACCCAGCACCAGGUUUUUCAGCACUGGCCAAGGACACAGUGUUUGCUCAACACAGGCUGGCCAUUGAGGUUGGCGAUGCUAAAAAUAUCAACAAAAAUCCGGUGGCCGAAAAGGCCAUCCAGGAGCUACAGGGCGAGAUUUUGCGACUAGAACCACACUGUGGGGUCGUCACCCCCUUACUAUUGUCUGUAGCUGUUGCUCGGUUAAAUAGCCGUAUUCGGUCACGUGGCAUGUCAGCCCGUGAGAUGCUGCUGCAGCGUGAUCAGUUCUCUCUCGAACAGUUACCGGUGCUUGACCGGGAACUGAUUGCGUUGCAGCAUGCACAACGCCUGGCUAACCACCCCCACAGUGUUAAAGCUAAAGCUCCACUAAGUCGGGGUGCACCUAGCCUUGAUAUUUGCCCUGGCGACCUUGUGUAUUUGUAUAGCGACCGUAACAAGUCACGAGCUCGAAACAGAUAUCUUGUGCUUAUUUCAGACGGGACGUGGUGCAACGUCCGUAAGUUUACGGGUUCCCAGUUGCGGCGUACUUCUUAUAGGGUUCGCUUAACAGAUUGUUAUAAAGUUGACCUUUCCCAAGUGUCACAGGUCAUUGUGGUAACGGUGCAGCAUCUGAGAGCGAAGAUGAGUGCGACGUGCCACUUGUUGCACCUCCGAGCGACCCUGACAUCCCCCUGGCGAUAGCGACACCCGCUUCACCCCCUGGGUCUGAUGACAGCGGAUGUCCGGAGGGAAGGAUCGUGUCCCCAUCAGGUUCGGUGGAGGUCCCGUGACAUGAGUUAGCCUCCCUCUCAGCUGUUCCGGUGCAGACUCCUCGGCGGUCAGGCCGUCUCCGUCGACUUCCCGACAAGUUAAAGGAUUAUGAGCUGCACUAGAUGGGCUGCCUUCACCCGUAUCCUUGCUUUGCUUUGAGAGAGUUUUGUUGUAGCUUUGCAUUAAUGUUCUGCAAGGCUCCAUAAGGAUCUGCUGUGCUGUUCUCACUAGACAGAUGGUUCCGGUUACUCAUCUUUUAUCGUCACAUGUCACUCUUUUGUUUCCCCUUUUUUUGUCUGUUUCAACUGUCCACAGGUGCCAGAGAAGAGGGGGUAUGUUCUGGAGGGAAAAUGGGUGGCACCAGUAUGUGAAGUGUGUCGUGGAUCGUGACGUGACUCCUGACGUUGUUCGUGACCACGUUGGCCUGGGCGGAGCUCGCACUUGGGCUUCUUGUCAUUGUUGUGUUGGCCGUCGCCAUUAAAGGCUUGACUAAACUGUUCUCUCGUGUCAGCGAUUCAAUGUACCUCACCUACACACUGGCGCUAACCACCAAUGCCAUUU